AUGGGGAUUCCGACUGGCGGUUUGGGGCUCAUCAUUCUUGGCUCAGUUCUACAGUUGAAGUUCGUCGGAGUGCUUGACAUAUUAGGUGAUGAACGGUUAGCAACGCCGGUAAUAUUGCUGGCAUUCGGAUCGCUUUGUACUCUGUUGGGAUUUCUUGGAUGUUGCGGUGCAAUCCGAGAAAACUACUGUCUUACCGUAUCUUUCGCCGUAUUGUUAGCAUUAGUUAUCAUGAUCGAAACAGCAGCAGUGAUCACAGCCUACGCAUUGCAUGAAGACCUGAGGACUGGACUGUCAACCCAAUUACAGGCAAGAGACAAAGGAGGGCGAUUUUUCAUGCUAAUCACAGGACGAUCUCUAUGUAUGUUUCAGAUGGGCCUCUCACGUUAUAAUCGCAGUAGUGGCGUUCAAAUGGCAUGGGACCAGACACAACAAACGUUGUCAUGCUGUGGUGUGGCUAAUUCAAGCGAUUGGUCAGCUUUGGGAGCAAUCCCUGAUUCCUGCUGCAUCGAACCGGUGACCGGCUGUGCCAAAGAACUCGCACCACUUCAUUCAAGUGGAUGUAUGGACAAAGUGGAAAACUGGAUCCUGAUCAAUGCGGCCCUUGUCGGCAGUGCUUCGGCUGUACUGGCCGGUCUUCAAGUCGUCGGAGUCUGUUUUGCAUGUUGCCUAUCGAAGAGCAUUCUAAAAGACUUCCAUGAUUUCUACUACUGA